AGAAGCGCGAAUUUCAAGUAAUUAACUAACGAUUUGUGGCAGCUGGUGUAAUUAAUGGCUGGUUCAAUGGCUGGUUCAAUGGCUGCUUAAACUGUAAAUUGAUACAAACGUAAGGUUUUACCCUUUGGUACCGUGUCCAAAAUUGUUGGUUAACACUGGACUUUCCUGUGUCAAACUCCUCGGAAAUGCAGCGAAGCUACCAAUGUCGACGUCAACUUUUGCUGUCACAUUCGCCGCCUGAACUCCGUAGUUUAACAUAACGUGGACACAAGCAAGUUGCUAGGUUACGCGGCUGUCACUUGCUGGAUAUCAAAAAGCAGGAUGUACAAAAUAUAUAUUUUCAGCUAUAUUUGGGAUAAAAGUUAAAUAACUUUUGAGCUUUUUUGUGGUAGGCAUACCUGGUGUAAUUAAUUUCCGUUUCUAAGUCUGCUUAAACAGUAAGUGUAUAUAAAUUCAGAAUCUCAUCUCUUUGGAAAAGUGUCCAAAAUUGGCGGUAAACACUGGGCUCCCUGUGUGCAACUCCUCACCAACAAAGCUAGUUACCGAACUUUUUGUAUGUUUAUCUUAGGUUGGUAGGUUAUUUGACUGUCUCUAGCCGGAUGUCAAAAAGUGGGACGUACAAAACUGUAAUAUUUUUUUGUUUGUUCGAUUUUUGUUAACUGGUGGAAUUAAUUGUUGUUUCUAUGUCUGCUUAAACUGUAAGUUUAUAUAACUUUACAGUUUGACCUCUUCGGAAGCGUGUCAAAAAUUGGUGGUCAACCCUGGGCUUUCUGUGUCAAACUCCUCACCAAUGCAACUUGCUACAAGCAUCAACAUUUUCUACCACAUUUGCCACCUGAACUCUAUAAUUUAACUUUACAACUGUGGAGACAAGAAGUUAAUUUUCAGGAAGAUGCUCAACUGUUGGACGCCCCUCUCGAACAAGUGGGAAACUCUCAACAAAAUCUGGUUAUCAGUGCACUGGAAGCAUAAGGUCACCAAGGCCCAUGUUAUUGACUGCAAUUUGGAUACCGCAAUAGAAGAUAUAAUAUCUUCUCCACAGAUUAUUGGUCUGCGAAUCUCUGGAUCUCUGCUCCUUGGAGCUGCUCAGAUCUUUUCCAGAAAAGCAAAAUAUCUCCUUACAGACUGCAGUCAUGCCUUGGAUAAGCUCAAACUGUCGUUCCGGCCAGAAGCUCCAGAGGAGAAAAAUGAUUUGUCUUAUGAAGGCCUUGAGUCCACGUUAAAAGAAAUCCCUUUGAGCGAAGAUUUUUUUUUCUUGCCUCACUCAAGUGACUUCAACAUGCCUAUAGAAUGCUUCUCUCAACACCAAAGUCUUCCACAGGAAAUCACAAUGAAUGAAUAUACAGAUAUGUCCCAGUGCCACAAGGUUGGUCACCUGGAUAUCAGCUUGGAGAUUCUGGGUCAACCACAGGACUCGUUUGGCGAUGAGGGCGCUGGAUUGGAUAGAUGUCUCGACUUUCUGAUAAACAGCAGCACUCAUCCGGACUUCACUAACAUCAGCCCAGUAGGAAUUCCAAAUGAGAUGCCCGAAAACUCUUCAAUCAACAACCAGCAUGAUGUAAACAGAAGAGAUCCUACAGAGGAAGAGUCCCUGAAUCAGUCCAGUCACGAGCAGCCAACGUUUGUCCUUCUGCCUGUGCCUGACACUUCAAGCGGGAAUAAGAGAAGGAGAAAGCGAAAGUUGAUCGUGGACCAAAUGACAAGUCUGAGUGACAAAGUCAUGCGGAAGCAGCUCAGCGACGACUCAGAUCUGCUUGCCACCAUAAUGAUGGCUCCCCCCACUCGGCAGCUCAUGUGCUGGAAAGAAAACGGAACUGCAGUCAAGCUGCUGGCACGGCCGUGCUCUAAUGUUAUCCCGUCAGAGAUUGAGGAGGCUUUUCCUAAGGAUGUUAUCCGGGUGACGUAUGAGGAGGUGGCGGUCAUGCAACAAGAUGACUGUGAAGCUCACAGCAACAUGAGUCCACUCAGCACAGAAAGCCUCAAGGAUUCCUCCACAGAACACAAGCUCACAGAUGUUCUUUAUUCCAGUGACAACCAAAGUGACUUGGAGAUCACACUCGAUGAACACAUAUUGGACCGGAGUUAUCCAGAGCUUCCAUCAGAGGACUCCAUGUUUGUCCAUCCGUCUCACAAGGAGAAGCACAGUCAGUCUUUGCUGGGCAGCCAAAACUUAGGGGAGCUGCAAACGAUCAACAAACGAGCACACAGGCUCCUGAAAUUCCUACAGUGUUGCAGUGACACCUCGUUCUGCCUGGGUGCACUCUGCUCAGGACACACCUGCUUGCAGAUGGCCAGAGCGUUCCAGUGUCUCCUUUUCCUGCAGAAGGAACGGGCCGUCAGUCUGCACCAGAGUGAACCAUACCAGGACAUCUUUUUCACCGCUGGUCCUGAAUUCUUCACGCUGGAAAAGAAGAAGCCAAACGGAGUGUUAGAAAGCAAGUUGCCAAUGGGGUUCAUGAACGGGUUACAGUCUUGAUUCUGGAGGAAGACUGGUUAAAUAAUACAAUUGUAAGAAAACUAUUGUUCAUCUAUGCCUUCCAGAGGAACAAGCGUUUUGGUGGAUUUCAAGUGGAACACAAUUUUGGUUUAUUUUUUAUUGUAAGUCAUAUUAGGGGGAAAAGAGCACUUUCAUGUGAAUGACAAGAUUAACAGCAGUUCUGUUGUUUGGAUGUUAAUAUUCGUUGAUAUUGUUGCUUCAAAAUGUUGAUGCUUCUGGUGUUUUAAAAGCUGCAAAAAGUGUAUAAAGCUUUAAGCUAUUCACAAUUCGCCAUUAAAUUAUUGUUCGGACAUGAAUGGAACGAGUAGCAUUCAGGUUUGUUGUAUUGUUCUUUGGAUAAAAAUCUGUCUAAUCCAUGUAUGGAUAUGGGUGGUUGUGACUUCCUUGCUGGUUGGCUUCCACUCCUCUGUUGAGAAUGGAUGAAUAAAACGGGCAAUAUUGAGUAACGGGCAAUAUUGUACCUGGUAAAGUAA